AUGUACCUAUAUGACAUAGUACUGGGAAUUAUCUUUUUUCAGACUGGAGUUGGUGUCUUGGGCAACUCCUUAUUCCUGUUUCUAUGGUUUCAUUUCAUUUUGUUCAGAAGCCACAGGUCAAGGCCAUUGGAUCCCAUUCUUGUGCAUCUUACAGUGACUAAUACCAUAGUGCUCCUCUCCCAGGGAUGCCCACUAGCUAUCAUAUAUUUGAGGAAAGGAUAUUCCCUGGGAAACGUAGGCUGUAAAAUAGUAUUUUACCUCCAAAGGGUGAGCCGGGGACUUUCCAUCUGCACCACCUGCCUCCUGAGUAUGUUUCAGGCCAUCACUAUUAGUCCCAGCAACUCAAGUUUGGCCAAACUCAAAGCUAGAAUUCUGAAGCUCAUCAUCCCCUCAUGUCUCCUCUGUUGGAUAUUCAACAUGAUCAUAGAAAUUAAUGUGCCCAUAUAUGUAACAGGAUCAAGGGGAAGCAAUGGCAGUUACACAGGUGGAAUUGAUCUCAUUUAUUGCUACAGGAAACAGAUAUUUAAGGAGGUUACCUUCCUGCCCUCCCUGCGGGACAUCCUUUUUGUAGGAGGCAUGGUCUGGGCCAGCGGCUACCUCAUAUGUCUCCUAUGCAGACACCACCAGAGAGUCCAGCACCUGCACAGCACGAGCCUCUCCCCAAGGACAUCUCCCGAGAUCAGGAUCACCCAAACCAUCCUGUUACUGGUGGGCAUCUUUGUGUGUGCUUACUGCAUCAGCUGUGGCUUCACACUAUAUAAAGUGUACGUGACUCAUUCUAAUGACUGGGUGAUGGUGGUGGCCAUGUUCACCUCAUUGUGCUUCCCAGCCAUCAGCCCCUUUUUGAUGGUACACAGGGAUACUCAGAUGUUCAGGUCCUGCUGUGCUCCCUGGCAGAGACCAAGUCUCCAUUUUUAG